CGGACGUACAUAUUGAAUUGAAUCCACGCCUAUUGUUGGCUUUUGAGGACAACACCACGGCAUUCACUCUCCGCCCGUCCGAACAGCAGCCAUUGAGAGCGUGAUGGCAUCGAAGAAAUCCAAGGCCGCCCCAACUGACGACGAGCUGAACAAGCUCUUGGAAGGCAUUGGUGGAGAUGGUACGCCAACCCCGGUUACUACAUCAAGAGCUUCGAAGGGGGCAACGUCAGGCCCGUCUCAAUCAGAGCAGGAUCUUCUAGCUGAGCUCGAGAACCUGGGCGCCCAACCACCAGAUAGACCGCAUACGCCGCGGGUGCAGUCUUUGAAGCGCACAACUACUGCCACUCCUCCACCAAGUUCGUCACGAACCAGUCCAGAGAAGACAGCUGGACCCAGGAGAUCUGGGGAGAGCGCUCAACCACUCCAGGCCAGCUUGACACCUUCCGCUACGAGUAGUGAACUCCAGGAUGCUGAGAAGAAAGCUCCAAUCGCUCAGCCUGCAGACACACCUUCUACUGGAGGCGGGGGUGGUAGUUGGUGGGGAGGCAUCUUCGCGACAGCAAGUGCUGCCGUCAAGACCGCUGAGGCAGCUGUGAAGGAAAUCCAGCAGAAUGAAGAAGCCAAGAGGUGGGCUGAGCAAGUCAAAGGCAAUGUAGGCGCCUUGAGAGGUCUUGGAGGUGAAUUACGAUCGAGAGCGCUCCCAACAUUUACCAAUAUACUGCAUACCCUUGCGCCGCCUAUUUCAUCUCAUGAACGACUUCAGAUACACAUCACCCAUGAUUUUAUCGGAUACCCUUCUCUUGACCCCCUGAUCUAUUCAACCUUCUCAAGGGUCAUGGCCCAGGUUGAAGGAGGCGACUUGCUCGUCAUCCAACGAGGCCAUGAAUCCACAGCCCGCCGCAAUUCCGAAGCUGGUUACACUGGAGGUAGCGGUGGCUGGAGUGACGGCCCCUGGUGGCGUCAAAGCAACGAGCACCGCGACCUUGGAGCCGUCAGAGGGCUCGUUGAAGGAACGAAGCUAGUCCGUGUGAGCGCCGAGUCCUAUGCGAGCGAGUACUUUAACUCUCACGGGGGACUCGAGCUCGCAUCCCAGCGCGCAACAGAAGUCCUCAGCGAAUCCAACCCCGUCCGCAGCAGUGAUAUCUUCCUAGCCCUGCAAGCCAUCUCCCACGACGCGCCUGUAGAUCUCUUCCAAGGGCCAGCCCAGGAGAAAGAGCAAGGCGCCGUGGUAGAAGAGGAUGAGAAACCCGAUGAGCUCAUCUCCUUCGCCAUCUACCUGCAUGACCCAGUACACAGCAUCACAUUCCACACCAUCUCGCAAUCCAUCCCCGCGAGGUGGAUCAAAUGGCUCGACGCCCCCUCUCCCAUGACCCCUACGUCCUCGGGCUCUGCCUCGCAGGAGAAGGGCAUGUUCGGCAGCGAGACCGACAAGUACCAGGACCCCGGCCUGCCAGAGGAGAUCGCCGAGAUCAUCGAGAGCGGCGGCGUGGAUCCACGCGAAUGGGUCGCAGAGUGGGUGGAAGAGGUCCUGGCUCUGGGCACAGGCAUCGUAGCCCAGCGCUACGUGGCUCGCAGGAUGGGCGUCGGCGAGGGAGGCAUCGGACGCGGCAAGGCUCGCAUGGAAGAAGUGCUUGGGGAUGGCGGCGGCGAGGCAGCGCGCGCGGGACUCAUCUGAGGAGAUAAGAUAGGGCUUAGUUAGGAGUUUUUUACAGCGUUGUGUGGGAGAUAGUCUUGCGGGCGUGCCUGAAUAUCAGUUGUUACUCUUUUUUUGGCGUUGGGCAUCUAUUUCUGCCUGUCUGCCUCUGCUCAGCGGGUGUUUUUUGUCUCAGCUUCCGCGUCUAUUAAAUGUCAUGUAUUCCUUUUUCUAUUAAUUAAUGGCUACGGGAUAAGCAGGUAGGUAAGCUGCUUCGUUUGAUACAAUCUCCCAAUUAAUCAUGAAAAGGAUGGAGCUUUGGAAAGCAGGCGAGUUCUGCAGAAAAUCUAUCUACAGUAUCUCCUUGGGACCUCAAGUUUCAAAUGCAAUCUAGUGUUAUGGUAUGUUGUUUUAGGUAGGUUAGGCGGAGUCCGGGAAUGAUAGCUUAAUUACAAUGGUUAAUGCCUCC